UUGCAGUUUCUCGUCUACAUUGUGAAAGUGAGUCUUUCAAGAUGGACCUCAUCUUAGACGUCAACAUUCAGAUCUAUCCUGUGGAUCUUGGUGAUAAGUUCAGGCUGGUUAUUGCCAGCACAUUAUAUGAAGACGGAACACCAGAUGACGGAGAGUACAAUCCACAAGAUGACCGGCCAUCAAGAGCGGACCAGUUCGACUAUGUGAUGUAUGGGAAGGUGUACAAGAUUGAGGGCGAUGAGACUUCAACAGAAGCGGCCACACGCCUCUCCGCCUAUGUGUCUUACGGCGGCCUCCUCAUGAGGCUGCAAGGAGAUGCAAAUAACCUCCACGGCUUUGAGGUGGACUCCAGAGUAUACCUCCUCAUGAAGAAACUGGCCUUUGAAACCCACCUCUACCCCACUGCCCACACCUGCUCUUUCUACAUCAUGGCCCUCUGUAAGGCUGCAGUGUGCUUCAUCAGGUGGUUGUAUUAUGCCCCCUACUGGACCAGUUUAGAAAGGCAGGAACAUGCACACUGUUUUCAGCUGCCCAUAUUUGCAAUGUGACAAAACAGCUUAUCACAGAAAGCAUCAUGUGGAUUUGGUGGACAAGCACAACAUUUUUGUCACCGUUGUGAUCCAGUUUUUUGUUGUGUGUCUUAAAGAAGUUCACCUCAAGCCAUCUGUUGAC